AUGGGUCUAAGUUCAACAAAAUCUUCAUUAACAAAUGCUGAAUAUUCUUUAACACUCUCUUCACCCAAUGAUUUCUAUCGUAGUCUAUCGACAAUACAAGGUGAAUUUCAUUUAAAUGUUAGAAAAAAACUACGUAUAGAAAAAGAAAUUCGUAUUGAUUUAAUUGGUCAAUUAAUUGAAAGUAAAAAAUAUGCAGCACGUUCAAAGAGGAUUUCAUCACAAAUAAAUAAUAAUAAUAAUAAUAAUAAUAUAUUUUUAACAUAUUCCUGCCAACUUUUAACAUCGCAUGAAAAUGGAACAGCUAGAACAAUAAAACAACAAACAGUUACUUAUCCGUUUCGUAUUCCAUUGGGAAGUAAUUUACCUCCAUCAUGUGAAUUUAAAGAAUUUUCUAUUGCUUACUAUUUGGAAGUUUAUCAUGAUGGACGUUUACUACCAAAUACACACAAAGAAAUUACCUUGGCACCACCUACACCACAAAUUACUGUACCUAUACCAUGUAAAGUAACAGGUUCAAAUGACAUAACAAUGAUAUGUAGUUUACAAAAAUCAUUUUAUUCCGGUCGAGAUUGUCCAUUAGUGCCUAUAUCAAUUUCAUUAACAAAUCCUAAACAAAAACAAAUCAAAGCCGUAACAGCUCAAUUAAUGCAAACCGUGUCAUUAAAUGGAAUAAAAAGUGAAAAUGAAAUUUUUACUGCUGUCCUUAACGAAAUCGCUGAAAAUACAAAAGAAAAUGAACUUAACGCAAAAUGUGAAGUAGUUCUACCUGCUAAUUUACUUACAACAUUUGUACCCAAUCAGAAUGGUCAACCCGAUAAUGUUCCAUCUGUUGCUAUAACAUAUGAAUUUCGUAUGACAGCCCAAAUGAAAGGUGCAACAACUCCUAAUAUUCGACUAUCGGUGCCUAUUGGUAUUGAAUGA